CUCUAUGAGGGUUCACACUUCAUGUGCUCUGUGAGAGCACGGGCAAUGCAUGACAGAGAGCAAAUUACAGAUUUUAACUGACAAAAUCAUGGCAAAACAUUGGCACAUGGUGUAUCUGUUCAGUGUCUGGCAGCUCCACACCACUGAGGUAGCAGCUUUCAAUCUGGACACCCAGAAUGUGCUCCAGAAAAAUGGAAAUCCAGGAAGCCUGUUCGGAUAUUCUAUUGCUUUCCACCAGCAGCUAAACCCUGCCAAAAAGAACCUAUUGCUGGUAGGAGCUCCGCGAUCAAAACAUCAGAACCAAGUUAAUGUUACGGGUGUUGUUUACCAGUGCGAUCUUACAACUACAUCUGACCGCUGUCAGCCCAUCCAGUUUGAUAAUAAAGAAUUCCUUGAUAGUAAAGGCAUAAAUGGCCAGUGGAUGGGAGUCAGGGUGGUGAGCCAAGGUCCCGGUAAAAAUGUAAUGACUUGUGCUCAUCGAUACCAGCAGUGGGACCCGAGCCCAAGCCUUUAUGUCCCUCGCCUAGUGACGGGCCAGUGUUACCUCUUAGGGGAUAAUCUGCAGGUUGGACAGGAAGAGAGGAAGUGGAGGAGGGUAGUUUGUGAUUCUCAACACCUCCAACGUCCAAGGACCCAUGCCUGGUUUGCAUACUGCCAACAGGGUCAUGGAGCAUCUUUUGCAAAGGAUAACAAAUCUCUGUUAUUUGGAGCACCAGGAGCAUACUAUUGGAAAGGAAUCAUUCGAAUGGAGCUCUUGGACGACCUGGACAUCUUCACUGAAGAUUCUCGUGAGACCGGAGAUCUUAACCAGUUAAACACAGAGCUCAUUCCUCUUAAGAGUGACAGCUACCUGGGAUUCUCCAUUGAUUCUGGUAUGGCCCUCAUCAGGAAGGGUGAGCUGACCAUCGUAUCGGGAGCGCCUCGAGGAGGUUACAGUGGCCAGGUGGCGUUUCUGAAGGCAGAUCCUGUGACACAGACAAAUUUGUCUGUGGAGUUAGUCCUCUCUGGUCCAGGCUUAGCCUCCUCCUUUGGCUAUGAUGUGGCAGUGGUGGAUCUCAAUGGUGAUGGGUGGGAGGACCUUGCUGUAGGAGCACCGGAGUUCUUUGUUAAAGAUGGUUUGGUUGGAGGAGCGGUCUACAUCUACAUCAACAACAAAGGAAAAAACUGGGACAAGAUUGUUCCAACACAACUUCUUGGACCUAAAGAAUCCAUGUUUGGCCUUGCAGUGGAAAACAUAGGAGACAUCAAUCAAGAUGGUUUUGGAGAUAUUGCUGUGGGGGCACCGUAUGAUGGUUCUGGUCAAGUAUACCUUUACUAUGGCUCAUCAGAUGGCAUCCACAAAAAGCCAGCACAGAUAAUCUCAUCAGGAUCCAACAAAGUUACUCUGUUUGGAUAUUCUCUGUCUGGCAACUUGGAUGUGGAUAACAAUCAGUACCCUGAUCUGGCUGUGGGAUCUUUUUCUGAUUCUGUCUUUGUUUUCAGAGCACGGCCAGUGGUCAGUGUCAGCAGCACUUUGAAGGUAACACCAAAUCAAAUAGACAUCACAAAGGAACAAUGUGAUAAACGUACAUGUUAUUUUACAGCUCAGGCGUGCUUCACCUACACAGCACAUCCAGCAUCGUUAAACCCCAAACUGAUGCUUAACUACACUUUUGAGGCUGAUGCUCAGAGGAGAAAAGCAAGGCUUGAUUUUGUUCGUUCAUCUCGAGGAAGACUCGAGCUGCCUGGACAGAAGAGGGAAGUCUGUACUGAAACCAGACUCCGACUUCUGCGUGAUAUCAAGGACAAGCUGCACAAUAUCUCUGUGUCUGUCGCCAUCUCCCUGUGGACGAGUGGUGACCUGUCCGACCUUACUCCUGUCCUCAAUCAUUUCCAGCCAAAGAGCAUUGUCUCAGAGAUUAUCUUAAUAAACAAAGGAUGUGGCAGUGAUAAUAUUUGCCAAAGUAAUCUAGAGAUACAGUACAAGUUCUGUUCCAGAAAAACACAAAAUAAUCAGGAUGUCUUUGAAUCAUUGGCCAGAGAUGAUGGCGUUGCAGUCAUCACUCCUUCUAAAGAAGACAUAGCUUUGGAGAUCACUGUGACUAACAGGGAGGGAGAUGACGCACACCAGAGUCACUCAAUCAUCAGCCUCCCAGAUACUCUUCAUUACUCGACUAUUGUCUACAAUACAGCAGCUGGAACACAAGUGAGCUGUACGGCCAAUGACAAAGGAACACAAAUAGACUGUGAUCUUGGAAACCCACUCCAAAGAGAUGCUGAAGUUACUUUUUACGUCAUACUCUCGACAUCAGGCAUCUCACUCAGUACAAAAGAAGUCAACAUCACUCUGCAGCUUGAAACGAAAAGUGUGCAGACCAUACAGCCUGUUGAAGCACUCGCCAAAGUGGUUUUUGACCUGGAGCUGCAAGUAUAUGGACUAGCCAGGCCCUCUCAAGUGUCACUUGGGAAAACCUUAAAGGGCGAGAGUGCCGUGAAGUCAUUGGAUGAAAUUGGAACUCCAGUUCGGUUUGAUUUUAAGAUAAUAAAUUUGGGCAGACCCCUGAAAUCCUUCGCCAAUGCAUCAUUAAACAUCUACUGGCCAAAGGAGAACGCUGUAGGAAAAUGGUUUCUGUACUUGACUCAGAUCAGCAGUGACGGUGUACAGUCUGUUCCCUGCUCACCUGCAGAAGAGGUCAAUCCACUUAAAGGUGUAAAGGGUUGGCACACACCGUCCAGGAAAAGGCGUGAAGCUGAAUUUGAUGCACUCUUUACUGAUGGAUCAUUUCUUCCAACGAGAAGGAAGCACAAAACGUUGACCUGCUCAGAUGGAUUGAAGUGUGUGGAGAUGCGCUGCCCUCUGCUGGGUUUGGACACUACUGCAGUGUUGGUUCUGCACUCACACCUCUGGAACACCACUUUUACAGAGGAUUACAGCUCUUUGAACUACGUAGACAUUGUUGUGGAUGCUACACUCAGUUUAACAAACACUCCAGAGAAUAUUGGACUUAAACCGGAGAAUCCUGGGACAAAGGUGAAACUGACCGUGUUCUUUGAGAGAGAAGUUAAAUACAUCGCCAAAAUUGCUUGGUGGAUCAUUUUCCUGACAGUCAUUGCAUUGCUCCUGUUGUUGGCAGUUCUUGUCUUCUUGAUGUGGAAGCGUGGAUGCAUCAACUGCCUCGCUCAGAAGUCCUCACAUGAUGAAGAGCUUAAGAAAGAGACAACUCCCCUUAAAGGCUAAAUUACAAAACUGUGCCUCAGUAGUACGAGACACAUGGCAGUCACCUAAGAUGUGAUAACUAAUGCAGAAUUGCAUGAUAAUACAUGAUGAUUUAGGACGAAUUUGAUGCAGGUUUUUUUUAACUGCAGUGUAUUUUAAAUUAAAUGUACUGUAAACAAGGUUAGAAAAGAAUUGCAGACACU